AAACACACACACACACACACACACACUGUCGACGUUCUCAUUUCCUUGUUGCUUUGGGUUUUUUUUUUUUUUUUUCUCAGUGUUUCCCGAGAAACAAACAAACAAACCACCAAUCAAGAUGACCACAGACUGCGCAGUCAACACUGAUCGAUUCAAAAACUUCUUCAACCAGCUCGAGACCCGCAAAACCCUCCUCACGACCAUCACUCAGCUCCAUAAAACCCUAACCGACCAUUUCUCAUCCUUAGAACAAUCUCUCUCUCAGAAAUCGAAAACCCUAGACUCCCAAAUCGAAGCCUUCGAUGCCAAUACCAAGCAAACCCUCGAAUCCCUCCAAAAUCGCGAGAAUUCGAUUCCGGAGCGAGAGUCCGCCGCCGCGGCCCGCAUCGAGGAGCAGAAAGAGGCGGCGAUUUCGGAAAUCGAGAAGGCUGAGGGCGGCGGAGGAGAGAGGAGUUUGUCGGAGGUGUUGAGAAUGUGUUGCCGGAGGAUGGAUUCGAAGGGAUUGGUGAGAUUUCUGUUGGCGAAGAGGAAGGAGUCGGUGGCGCUGAGGGCGGAGAUCGCGGCGGCGGUGGAGGAAUCGGUGGACGCGAUGAGGCUGGUGCUGGAUACGGUGGAGGAGUUUGUGGAGAUGAAGGUGGAGGGGAAGGUUGGGAUGGCGGACAGGAGGUGGGCUUGUGGGAUGUUGAUUCAGGUGGCGGUGCCGUUGGUGGAGCCGGGCGGUGGCGGAAAUGGUGGUGUGGCGAGCAGCGUGAGGGAGAAGGCGGCGGUUGUUUUGAAGAAGUGGAGGGGAGUGAUGGGCGGCGGAGAGAGCGGGGUUGGGGCAGGGGAGGCCACCAUGUUUUUGCAGAUGGUGGUUGGGUUUGGGUUGAAGGAGAAGUUUGAGGAGGAGUAUUUGAGGAAAUUGGUUGUGGAAUUUGCGGCGAGGAGGGACAUGGCUAAGCUUGCAGUGGCUUUGGGUUUUGGGGACAAAAUGAAAGAUAUAAUUGAUGAGUUGGUGAAGAAUGGGAAGGAGAUUGAGGCUAUUUAUUUUGUGUCCGAGUCUGGCUUAACAGAGCAGUUUCCUCCACUUGCGCUACUAAGGACAUGUCUCAGAAAUUGCAGGAAAAAUGCCAAUAACAUAUCAAAGAAAGGAAACUUUGGCAUGGCUGCAGUGGAAGAGGCCAACAACUUGGAGUUGAAUGCCACCAAAGCUAUCAUAAAAUGUGUGGAAGACCACAAGCUUGAAUCACAGUUCGGCAUUGACAGCCUAAGGAAGCGAGUUACGCAGCUGGAGAAGAUCAAGGCAGAAAAGAAGAAGAGUGCGACAUCCACAAGCAAGCCCUCUAACAAGCGGGGCCAUGGAGGUGGCGGUGGCAGCAGCAGGGGUGGUGGUGGUCCACCGUCUCACCGGCCACCCAAGGCGGGGAGAUUUUCUAAUGCCUCCCCAUCUUUCCGACCCAGGAACCCCCCUCCCCAGCCACAUCACACCGCAGCAGCUGGCAGAUUUUCCUCACCAUACAACUAUGCCGCCAGCCACAGCGUGUAUGAGGGUGGUCCUGGCACAGCAGCCUCGUAUGGACCGGGAUAUGGUGGGGCUCUCACUCAAAGCCCUGCUGCUGCCCUUCCUCAACAGUACCCAUUUGCUACUCAAGACAUCGGAGCUACUGGGGCUCGGGCAGGUGGAUCAUAUGGAUUGCAGGGACCGUAUGCAGGACAGACGAAUUAUGGCGGUACGUAUGAUUAUAGUGCUGCAGCUGGACCUGCAUACCCACCAUACCCCCAAUAGUGUGUGGUAGGGAUGAGGAUAAUUUAUAUAUUCUCUGCUCAGGUUUUUAGUUUUACUAUUUCAAGAACUCGAGGCUGAGAAUCAUAGCUAUUUCCUUUUCUUUCUUUCUUUCUUUUUUUUUCUUUUUUUUUUUUUUGGUAGAAAUAAUGACAUUAACCACCGUCAUAUAGAUGGUGUUUCUCUAACAUCAGAUGUUUUGUGAUCUUAUGAAAUGCUGUUACUGGAUAUCUGCUAUUGCUUCACUGGGUUUUGAAUUGUUGGCCUUUAUGUAUAAAUUGCAUUGCUUUA